AACAAACAAAAUGGCAGCGUCCAUCAGAAGUAUUUCGAAUGCAGUCUUCAGAUUUUCGGCGAUAUCUCGCCCUUCAGUAUUUUGUAUCGUUAGUAGGAAGUCGCCAAUACCCCCACGCUUGCCGAGUAACAGUCAAGUGGCAAGAUUUGUCAGCUACAGAACAAUCAAAGAAACGACAGCUGGGAAUGUCACAACGGUAGAAGGGGUGUACGUUGAAGAUAAAAGUAAUGUUUUACCUGAUGAAAACCCCCACGCCUCUUGUCCUCUGUGUAAACUCAAUAGAAUGAUCACAUACAGAGAUGUUUUGAUUAUACAACAGUUUCUGCGUCCAGAUGGUGGAAAGCUGCCGAGUAGAAUCACAGGACUAUGUAGAAUGCAACAGAGGCAUCUAGAAAAGGUUGCACAACAAACACUAAGAGCUGGUUUGCUACCAGAUCACAGACCCAGACGUCCAGAAGGACAUAUCCCAAGACGAAAACCAAAGUUUAAUCGUUUUUAAGCUCGCAAAUAUCUCAAAAAGCUAUGUUAUCAGUUUUUGUAAAACGUGGUAAUCAGUAAUAUUCAAUAAUAAUUCAUUUACUUGUAAACUGUGAUUGUUUAUGAAUAUAUUCAAUCCUAUAUCAACCUGCAUUAAAUUUAAGUAUGACAUCAUUA